AUGGCGGCAGCUGGAGAUAGGAGGAUGGUGGUGGGGGAAGGCGCUGGAGGAGUACGACGGUUGGAGGGAUGGAGGCGGCACAGGUGGAAGGCGUGGAUGAAGAUGGCGGAGAGGGGUGAUGGCGGUGGCGGCUGCGGGAGGAAGAGGAAGAUGAAGAUGAAAAUGGGGGAGGGUUUUGGUCGUUUCAGAGUAGAGGAAGGUUCUGGUUAA